AUGGAAACCCCAGAUGAAGCGGCCUCCGACCCCGCCGACAUCGCCACCGCGUUGGUCAAGGGCAAGCGCACCAGGCGCCAAAGGCUCCCUACGCCGGCUGCCGACUCCUCCGCCUCGUCCGCGGCCUCUGCCUCCAUCGUCGACGUCGUCACCGAGGAGGACGAGGACGUAGCCAACUGCCUUAUUCUGCUCGCGCAUGGCCCCGCCUUCGAGGUCUGCCCCAAAAGAACUCCGAGCGCCGCCGCGCCCAACAAGUUCACCAGUAAGCGGUUGGCCGAGGCUACCUCCGCGGCCGACGGCGGCCGAGCCGGCUACUGCGUUUACGAAUGCAAGACGUGCGGAAAGUGCUUCUCCUCGUUCCAGGCGCUCGGCGGCCACCGCACCAGCCACAAGAAGCCCAAGUCCACGCCGGCGCUAGAGAAAUCCACGGCGGAGGAAGAGGCUGCUGCGGCGGCGGAUCAUCAUAUGCUGCGGAUGGGCGUGAAUAAUUAUGCUUUCGCGAAGCCGAAGGCGCCCGUGAAGGUCCAUGAGUGUGCCAUCUGCGGGACCGAGUUCAGCUCCGGACAGGCGCUGGGCGGUCACAUGAGGCGGCACCGGCCGCUGCCGCCGACCGGCGACGUCAAGAAGGAGAAGAGCUUUAUUAACCUUUCGUUGGAUCUAAACCUCCCGGCGCCAGAAGACGAGAUGCAGAGACCACAGGUUCCCCCAGCAACGACGUCGUUCUCCUAUGCGGCCGGAAAGGGACCUCUAGUGUUGCCGGGGACAGCACCGGCAUCGGCAUUGGCGGUCGACUGCCAUUACUAA